AUGGACGCACAGUACCCCUUUGCCUCGCGAGACGAUAUCUGGCGUGUUUUUGACGAGUUGAAGGAGCUACACAUUGCCCAGUACGAGCAAGGAGAACGCCUCGCCCAGCUGGAGCGCCGUCGAGAGGAGGAUGCCCGACUGAGAAGUCCCUGGGGCCCUGUUUCGCCUUUUCCGUCUUCAGUUGGUGCGAUCAACCCUGGUAGUCCACCUUUGCCUUCCCGAAUCAGCUCACCACUGAACAAGCCAGCCGCCACAGACCCCACUUUCCACUCUCCCCCAGACGCUUUCAAAGGCUUUGACCAGGGUCAUACUUCUGCAAUGGCUACUUCUACAGUGGGGUUUGAUGGUUAUGAUGAGCCCAGACGGGGUGCUUCACGUGCAAAUAGUGUCCGCUUUGACGAAAGUGCCAUUCAUGGAUACGGCCAAGCCAGCCGCAUUGGCAAUGACCUUCCUUCUCGGACCGGUAGUGGACUAGGCUCUCAUCCACUUCUUGAGCGCACUUUCUCACAUCAGUCUGAUGGUCGGCUCAGUUCGUCUGGCCACUCACAUCAGUCUGCCCGAACUAACAGCCUACGCCUGAAUACUGCCCGCCUGUCUGGGACUACACCUAUCGAAUCGCCUUUGAUCCCGCCCCCUGGACUCUUUUUGCUGGGCCCGGUGCCGUCAAUUAUCCGUUGCUGGCUCACUGAUCAUUUCACGAAUGACUCACUUCUCUAUGCUGCCAUUUGCUCGGGGUCUUACGUCUCAAGCGUGGGCCUUUCUAUGAUUCGCAGCUUUGACAUGGAGGAAAAGAUUGUGCGCGAGGACAAUAUGAAAUACAUAAAGCUUCCGGUAUACCUUCCUGAAGCUCUGAUUCAUCCGUCUCCCUCGCGUCCCGGGACUCCUACCCACCAGGUUCCUGCGGUCACCGUUCGUUUUGUGGUUCGUGACGUUGAAGUCGCCGAUAACUCCAUUCAGAUCAUCAUUGGAAGUGAUGUUCUCCGCGCUCAAAAUGCCGACAUUUUGUUCUCUCAGGAUAAACUUAUCAUGGUCGACAAUGAGCAUCAGCGCGUCUCGAUUCCUCUUGUGCGCCCGGAGAAGGACACGGUCUUCAGGUCCCUCUGCACUUCACCCUGCACCCCCGGUUGUGGAGACUCGCUGUCAUCUGGCGUUAACGAAGGGGCCCCCGUUGGCAUCAUUGGCCGACUCAGCAAUAUCCAGCGCCAGCCAACUUCUGCACCGCCAGCUCGUCCUGCCGAAAACGGCGACGCUCAAAGAACCAGACAAACCCUCCAAGCUCAUGCACAGGCUGCCAUUUCAAACGAGAACUGCUCUGUUGCUAGUAUCACCCCGACCCCUGAGCCCCCCCAAAACGACAUGCCAGCCUGGAGCUCUUGGCGCAACGCCAAAAAAACGCCCUCAACAACCCCGAAGACCGACAAGCGUGAAAUGAAAGUCUUCCGAACUGGAGCUGGCAAGCACAUUAACCCUGCAAGCUCAAAUAAUUCGGCUUCUGCCCCUGCCAGUGCCACCACUGAAAACGGCGACAAGUCUCUUCCUAGCGUCUCUCACCCGACCACGCCUUCGGGUGUCAAUCCCAUCGGUGGCGCGUCGGCCUUUCCAUGGCUGAACCCGGUUUGA